AUGUAUGCAUUCGAAAUCUUCGUGCUCCAUGCAACUGCAAUUUGCAAUAUUUAUCACAGCUGGUUGCGUUCUUCAUCGAUCCACGAGCCAAGUGAUCCAUUGCUAAGAGUUCACCCUACGGAAACCUUGUUCACUUACGGAGACCUUUCACUUACGGAAACAUUAUGUUCACCUACAGAAAUCUUGUUACAACUUCUGCUUGGCUCAAGUUACUACGAUUACAACGAUUUCCAUCAAAGAAGCUCCACCCUGAAAGGUGAUCAGAACGGAUUAGACUCCGCUUUUCUCGAAACGGCUCAGUCCCGGACAGCGAUGGGCGGUGUGUACAAAGGACAGGGACGUAAUUAA